AUUUUGUAAUAUAAAUUAAACUAUAAUAAAGUGAAAUUUAUUAUAAAUUAAAUAGAUUUUUAAGAAACAAAGUGUUUAUUUGUAUAAAAAUAACAAAUAAAAUAUUAAGAAAAUUUUCUUAAUGUGUGUUGUUUACUAAAGAACAGUUUCUGUUUUGUUGUUGUUCCAGCAACUUUUGUUUAGAUACAAAAACAAAGCAUUGUGAUUUGUUUAUAAACAUAACACGUGUGUUUGUGUGGUAAAGUGGAAAAAGAAAGGUUUUCAACUAUAUAAAUUUAUAAUUUUAUCAACAAUUUGCGGAUUUUAUUAAAAAAAUAAUACAAAAUGGUGCAGGCACUCGAUUAUGACUGUGAGGUACAAGAACAACAGGACAUACCACAGGCCAUACAACUGCUGGGCGAAAUGAACAGUAAUGUGAAACAAGUAACAGAUCUCGUUGAGGGCAUGUUGCAACGUGUUAAACGCGGUGAAUUGACCACAGAAUAUGGUUUAAGUUUUUUGGAAGUUAAAUAUCACAUGCUGCUCGAUUACCUUAUCAACUUGACCUAUGUGGUAUUGCGUAAAUGUUCCGGCGAAACAAUUGAAGGUGAUCCAUCCAUAGAACGUUUAAUAGAAAUACGUACAGUAUUGGAGAAAAUACGACCAAUCGAUUAUAAGUUGCGCUAUCAAAUAGAUAAAUUGGUAAAGACCGCUACAACGGGUGUGUCCUCAGCCUCGGAUCCUAUAUUGUAUAAGCCUAAUCCUGAAAAUAUGUUAACUAAUGAUAAUGAUGAAGAUGAAGAGGAUUCGGAAGAGGAAUCCGAUGAAGAAGAGGAUGAAGAUGAUGAUGAGGAAAAGGGUGUUAAGAAACCCAAAAAGGCUGCCACAGCCGGUAAACCGGGUAUUUAUGUGCCGCCCAAAAUUAAGCCAGUCUACUAUGACGGCGAUGAAAAGGCCGAGGAUAAGGAAAAGAAAUUAUUGGAAAGAGCCAAAAAACGUGCCAUAACUUCAUCCAUGUUGCAAGAUUUGAAAGAAGAAUAUUUAGAUGCACCCACUGAAAUCUCUUCGGGCUCUAGGGCUCAACAAAUAUUGUCCAAGGCCCAAAAGGAAAAACAAGAAUAUGAAGAAACCUACCUAACACGUCUACCCAUAACCAAAGCGGAAAAACAUCGUCAACGUAAACUCACUACUUUGGGCACUUUGGGUGAUGAAAUUUUAGGUGAAAUUAAUCGUGAUGCCUCCCUACGCGGUGACUCUUUAGGUGGCUCGAGCAAAAAACGCAAAGCUAAGGGUGGUAAGGGCAAAAAGAAAGGUGGUAAAAAACGUAAAUUCCAUUAAACCCUUUCUCUUUGUUCCCUUUCUUUGCAAAAAACAAAACACCUUAAACUAAAUUCAUAAGAAUUUUUUUAAGAAUUAAUUAAA